GGCUCUUGAGCCCGACAGCUUUCAACUCUCCGUGUGCCUCCUGCUGCCCGCAGGUGAGCCUUCUCUGUUCCUCAGCUCGUCCAUGGCGCCCCCGCAGCAGCGCAGCGCCUACGUCAAGUGCUACUCCUGCUCGUACGCCUGGAACUGGAAGACCAAGCAGACGUGCUACUGGUGUGGCAAAGCCUUGGCGCCGUGGACAGAUGCCCCGCCUCCGGUUCAAGGAGCUUGGGCGGCCCGCGUCACAGCCGCAGCCCAGGCCGAGCCCAAGUGCACCCAGCAGUCCAGCCCCGAGGGGAGUUGGGAACCGUGGUCAUCAUGGCCCAAGUCCCGCCGCCGCCGCGGCAAGGGCAACGGCAAGGACCAAGAGGACGACUGGUGGGCCAGCAAGAACGACACCCCCAAGGCUCGCUCCGCCGAGGACAUCCUGGCGGAGCUCCAGGCGAUCGCCCCCCACAUCGACAAGGCGGCCAUCGACGGCAUCAAGUCGCAGAUUCCGCCGCCCCAGCCGCAGAAGCCAGCCGACCUCAACGACAUCUACAGCCGCGCCCAGGCUACGGAGCGCCGCUGCAAGAACAACCUGGAGAGGCUGCUCGAGAGCGAGCAAAAGGCGCUCAGCUGGUACACAGAGCGCAAGCAGGCGUCGGAGGAGGCCGCCUACAAGUUGGCAGAAGCCCAGGCCGAGGCCCAAGCGGCUCUCGAUGCACUCCAAGCCGCUCGCAAGGGCGGCACAGCUACUCCUACGCCGUCGCAGCAGAUCCCGACGUUCAACCUCACCAGCCUCCUCGAGGACGGCGACAUCUCUAUCGAAGCGGGUGCGGCGUUCGAUCUCCAAGGCCUCGACAUCGACGACUGCGACCGCCAGGCAUGGGAAUCCCUCCAACAGCGCUUCGCCACGGAGCUCAAGGCCAAGGUCACGGAGCUCUUCGGCAACACCGCCAGCCGCAUCAGCCAGCUCCGCGCAGAGGCCAGCACCAUGCGCACGCGCUUCGCCUCCAAGCGUCAGCGCGCGGACGAGCAUGGACACGCCAGAGAGGGAGGUGGAUCACCGCCCGCAGCCUCGGCUGCAGCAGGCGAACCCCCAGCGACAGCCGCAGCGGACGCUGAGGGCACUGCGCCCUCUUCGCCAGCGGCGCCAAGCGAUGAGCCCCCCGCACCUGCUGCUGGCGCUACUUCUGACGGCGGCUAUGCCACACAGCCUGUGCCAGCGCUCAACAAGGACCCCGACCUCGAAGACAAGGCACAGAAGAUGCUCAGCCAGAUGCGCAAGCCCACUGCGACCGCCGCGGCUGAGACCAAGAGCUACGACAACCCACCGAUCAUCAACACAAUGGACGCAGUCCUCGACCCGUUCGACGAGCUGGCCGAGUUGGACGCCCACAUCGAUUUCGCAGUCACAGAUCAGUACGCUACCGCCCUGCCCGAGACGCUGUCCUCGGUAGGGGGCGAUGAGGCGGCACAGUCCGUCGACCCCGUGGCAUGGGACCCAGGGCAGCCGCAGCGCGCAGCGCGCGCCGACCCUGAUGCCGCUCCGCCCGAGACGCUGUCCUCGGUAGGGAGCGAUGAGACGGCUCAAGCUGUCGACGUGCAUGUGGUACAGGAACCAGGGGAGCCUUCUCCAAAGGCAAACCCUGAUGCCGCCCCGCCCAAGACGCAGUCCUUGGUAGGGGGCGAUGAGAUGGCGAAAGCUGUCGACACGACCGCAGGGAAAUGGUCUUGGAAGCCCAGCAGCCCGAGAGCCGACCCCAGACCCGCCUACCAAUACGAAUGCCAUACGAAGCCCACACUGUCAGACCAUUCCCUGUUCUUCUCCAACAUUACUCAGUGGGGACCACAGUCGGAGAAAUGGCUGGCAGGGCCAGGCAAACAAUACCAGAUGGUAGCAUUGGUUGAAACACACAUCUCGUCUGGAAAAGCCCCGCUCAUCUACGACAAGCUAGCAGCGGACGGUUGGAGGAUAUCAUCGACUACGGCCACGCCUACCAGCAGAUCAGACGGCGGCAACACGGGUGGCGAGAUCAUCCUUUCCAGGUACCAUGUCCAGGCCACCACGUUCAACCACCUCCGUGACCUCGCCAUCUCCCAGCGCAGGCCCGACCCGUUCCUCGGCUUCACGCCCAUGGUAUGGCACAGACGCUCUGGCAACCUAGUUGUUAUUGCAGCGCAUCUGGAACCCCACAGGCAGAUCGAGGGUGCGGUGCAUGAUAAGCUACUUUCGCUGGGAGCCUUCGUUUCUAUGCUCACGGACCCUUGGAUCAUCCUGGCCGAUUGGAAUAUCACACCUGAGCAGCUCGCAGCGACAGAGUGGCUCGCCAAAUGGAAUGCUACCAUCGUGCGAGCACCUGGAUCCGCCACGUGCGACAAGGGCCAGGGACUCACGCUUGAUUUCGCACUGGUCAAGACUGGCGUCGAGCACACGAUCUCCAUUCGCCAGUGCCCCACCGUACCCUGGGCCACCCAUGUUGGCCUUGAAGUUCGAGCAGGCAGCGCAGACCCCUGGUGGUAUCAGUCGAUCGAUACUCCCAAGGCAUUCCCCAUAGUGGACAGACCCAGACACUGGGUACACGACGCCGACGACCUCAACCUCAAGUACGCCAAAUGGGUCACGGCGCUCGAGAACACUAUUAUCAGCCACCACCAGAUCGACCCGAAGGAAGCCGCAGCAUACACAGGACGAGCCCAAGGCUACCAGUUACCUUGGAAGAAGACAGCCGCCGCCCCAGGCCGCGUACACGCACGCGACCCUCAGUCGGAAUGGUGGGCAAUCACGCUCACCCUCAUCAAGCGCUUCGCUGCGCUUCACGACAAGCCCAAGCACACAGCGCUCAUGCAGCAGCAGGCCUCCAUCAUCCAGCAGCGCGCGGACCACUUCAACACUCACAUGCACGACCUCCAGUUCGAGAAGGAUGAGGACACCAUCUUCCGCUGGUUUGCACUCGUCUGGGCCCCGCACUUGGACAAGGAUGACACCGACGACUUGGUCACCAUUACCGCUACCUGGGCCUCCAGAGCUCUCUCGGCCGCCCUCGCCAAGUCCAAGAGGGCCUACGGGGCUUGGCUCGCCCAGCAAUGGAAGCGCCGCCCUGGAGUACUACACGCCCAUGUCAAGCCAGCGCCCGUACGUCACAUCGAGGCCUACACGGCCAACCUGACCAUCGCCGACCCCACCGUUAUCAUGGACAACAAGAAGCAACAAUGGCAACAAGUAUGGCAAGCCACCGAGACCUCUGACGACAUCCUACAG